AUGGAUAUGAAAGUAAAGCUUUUUGGAGGUCUUGCAGCGACAUUUGCAGCAUCAGCCAUAUAUUUAUUUUUCAGGGAAAACAACAAAUCUCUAAACUAGAAGAUGUUAGACUAGAUCAAUAAACUGAAGAACUACAUCGAAAAUCAUUUCUAUGAAUGCUCCAAAGAAAAUUUAUCCCAAAAGUUAGAAGACAGAAAGGAUUUCGUCAAUCUCUUAGGGGAAGUUGCUAGCAAUUUUUUUGACCUUGACAGAGUAAACGAUGAAAUUAGUCGACAUCCAUAUUUCAAGAAAUUUGCAGGAGUCAACCAAUAAGCUCAUCUAUUCAAUCAGGAAUACACCUCCUUCUAUUUGAGAAAAAACUCACUUGAUGCAGUCUAAAAUAGUGUCAAUUUCAUUGUUAGCAAACACAGACUCAUUAAUUAGGAACAACCCUAAUUGUCGGAGAACGCUUCAAAGUUUAUUAAUUUCUUUUACCUGCUACUUAUUUAUUUGGUAAGAUUAAUUGAGGAGACUCUUUUGGAUUUGGAUGAUAACUAUGCUUUGAUCUAAAUGAAUUUUUUGUUAGCAGGCUUGCUAGAUUAAAUAGAAUUAAUAUUAAAGUAAUAUCCAUUGUUGGCAAACCUCUUUGGAAUAGCACUCUUAGGUUAAUUAUAAUUAAAUGAUCCCUAAGUUGGCUUUGGACAUUAAUGCGAGGAUAAUUUCUUCAAUGCUAAGAUAGAAGACACAAAUUCUAAUCAAAAUUGUAAAUGCUUGAUAUUUGACGCACUAAUCCGUUACAUUUCAUUAAUUACUCCAAUCUUAUAGAAGAAAUUCAUCACCAUAUUAAUUGAUCAUCAAAUAUUAUCCACUAAAGAUCAUUUGGUUAAGUUGGGAUAAAUCCUAUUGAAAAACCAAUUCUUCUUGAAUAGUCAGAUAAGUAAGGUAGAAAUGUAUUAUGCUACUGAUGUGAGUGUCUUUAAUCACAUGUUGAUACAAGCAACUGCUUAUAAGGAAGUGAGAUAAGAACUAGUCAAACCAGAUUUGCUAGAUCUAUAUUUUUUAUAUACAGAAAGAGUUGUUGCGUAGAACAACCCGAAAUUCAUAGCAAAGAUAUUAACUAGUCUUAUAGCAUCUCAUGUAAUGACUUAUCCUCUCUUUGGAGACGAAGACAUACUAUCCUAACUUCUUAAUAAUGAAAAACAACAAACUUUAAUUGUUGUUCACUUUCUAGGAAUGCUAUUGAUAUUGGAAACUAAAGACACAGUAGAUGUUAAAGAAAAUCCCAAUGUUUAGAUGUUGGAUUGGUUAGCAUAGAAUAUGGAUUUCAUGCUUGCAGUUGAAGUGUUGUCUUAUUUACAAAAAUAAUUCAUUUUGAAAAUAUUUAGGAAUAAGGCCAGCGAUAUACCAUUGUUAAUGAAACAAUAUUUGCAAUGUCUACGAGUAACUCAUAAUAAGAGAAUUCAAUAAAAAAUGGCUCAGAAGAAGCAAUUCGAUGUUAAUGCAAUUCUCUAAUAAAUGAUUGGCUACCUAACAGCUAUUCAGGUGUCAGAAUUGCCAUCAAAAGAGUCUUUUACUAAGUUAAUCAGUUUGAUUCCAUUCCAAGAUCAGAAUGAACAAUCAAAUAUAUUUUCGAACAUACUCCGCAUUGUAUUUGAUCUUCCCACUAUUAACUUCCAUUUUCUAAAGUUUGUGUUAGAUAAAUGCGAGAAAAUAUCAAAAGAAUCAAUAUUGAGUUACAAUGGAUAUUACUCUCAUAUUUUGACUGCACAAACAGUUUCAUUUGACUCCUAUAUGUUCUCAAUCCAGUUGUCAUUGUUAUUUGGAAGACCUGAAACAUUAAUAGGGGAAAUUAGUAAUAGAAUGAAGAACGAUUUUACUAAUUUUGAGAGAUAUGAAGAUUUUCUUACGAGAGACAUCAUAUUAUUGGUAGACUUAUUAGAAAACCCAUAUUAUUGUAUGAAUAUUCUGAUGCAAACAGGAUCCGAAUUCCCUUAGAAACAAGAGAUCAUGACUUAAUUGUACCAAUAUGCAGCGAUAUCAAUAUUGAAAUUAAAUGAUUAGAUGACAUUGCUCCAAUUGUUGGACACAUUACAAUUAUUCAUUCAUAUUUAAGAACUGCCUCAAUAUAUUAAGGAACUAUUGGAAGAUACGUAGGAUGGCAAGGUGAAAUUGAAAUAUCAAUACUCUCAAAAUUGGCCAUACUUGAACCUGUAAAAGGACAUGGAAUCAGUCAAGUACUUCUUGAGCAAGGCUUCAGAUCCAUUUGAUGAAUUAAUGUAUGCUCCAGAUUCGUUCCCCUUUUUGUUUGAAAUCAGACAACAGAUGUACUCUUGUGAAUCGUUUGUCAAGAUUAUUGAAUUGGCUUUGCAAUCAAAAGAUAGAAUGAAAUUGUAUGUUUGGAUUGGUAAAUUACUUUACUAUGCAAAACAAUUGUUGUUGAAGAAGGGUUAAACCAAGAUGGAGGAGUUGUUUGCUUUGGAAGAGUGCAAGUCCUUUAUUCAAGAAUUGUCUGAAAAAGAAGGAUGUAACAAAUUAGUACAAUACCUUUAACAGUGA